CUGUCAUAAUGCAGCUGCAGGAGGCAGCAGAAAGGCCAGCCAGGUUCACCCCAAAUUGAUAAAGAAGCCCUGGGGCACUGGACACCAGCAUAAGGGUGGGAGAGUGGCAAAGGGCCAAGACUGGAGCAGCAGGAGGAGCAACAGGCAUGACACUUCCUCUAUAAACCCCUGCUCCCAGCUGGGAAGAGAUAGCGGCAGUGCUGUGGACACCAGAGGUGCUGGGGAUGCCAGCCCACUGCUCAGAGGCACUGGAGGAGCACCUGGGCGGGUGCGAUAGACUCUGAAUGUGACCAGAUAGACCCUGCUGAGUCACUUCUGAGAGGCCCUGCAGCUUCCUCCCCUUGCUGGCGGGUCCUGGCGCACACCCCAUUGCUCCUCCCUUCUUCAAGAGGAAGGAAAGUGUGAGCUCCAGCCUUCUGCGGAGUGAGAGCAGCCAAGAGGCCCAAGGCACCAGCCCUCUGAAAGCCUUCCCCAUCAGAGCUCUGCAGGGGACAGAUCGACUCCCCAGAACAGUGUGCGGCCAGUGGUCCCUCCGCCCCUGCUGGAAUGGACAGUCAGCAGCACAACACCACCAAGGAGCCUGAGAUCGAGCUGUUCGUGAAGGCUGGUCUGGAUGGAGAAAACAUUGGAAACUGCCCCUUCUGCCAGCGCCUGUUCAUGGUGCUCUGGCUUAAAGGGGUCAAGUUCAAUGUCACCACGGUGGACAUGACCAGGAAACCUGAAGAGUUGAAAGAUUUAGCACCGGGCACCAACCCACCCUUCUUGCUGUUCAACAAGGAGCUGAAAACAGACUUCAUCAAGAUUGAGGAGUUCCUGGAGCAGACCCUGGGUCCACCCAAGUAUCCACACCUGAGCCCCAAGUACAAGGAGUCCUUUGAUGUGGGCAGUGACAUCUUUGCCAAGUUCUCGGCAUACAUCAAGAACCCACGCAAAGAAGCAAAUAUCAAUUUUGAGAAGGCUCUGCUGCGGGAGUUUCAGCGCCUGGAUGUUUACCUGAACACUCCUCUCCCAGAGGAGAUUGACCAGGAUAGUGUGGAGGACAUCACCAUCUCCAAGAGGAAAUUCCUGGAUGGAGACCAUCUGACUCUGGCUGAUUGCAACCUCCUGCCCAAAUUGCAUAUCAUCAAGAUUGCAGCCAAAAAGUACCGUGACUUCGAGAUCCCAGAGGACAUGACCGGCGUCUGGCGGUACCUCAACAACGCCUAUGCCUGUGAUGAGUUCAAUCACACCUGUCCUGCAGAUGAGGAGAUCGAGCACACGUAUGCCAGUGUUGCCAGGAAGAUGACCUAACCAUAGGGUGGCGUGGGCUGGCAGCAUUGCCCUGGCUGAGCCCUCCAACUCUGCAGUCCUGACACAACCAAAACCAGCCGAUGGAGAGACUGGAGAGGGUUUACAACAUUGCUAGCUCCUGCCUUUCAGAAACAGCACCUUGCUCACAGCCCCUGCCACUGCCUCCUCCUUCUGUGCUACUGGCUGCAACCCCUGGGCACCAGCAGUGCUGACCACAUGUAUACACUGCUCCCAUCUGGAUGCAUCCCUACUCCCUGAAAAUGUUUCUCACAGCCUGUGACUAUGUGUCAUGGGAAAAGAUGAGCACUAGCCUCCUACAGCAGUGCUUUCUCAUCAAGAGAUGACACCCCCAAAUGGCUAGGCCAGCCCAGCCUCCCCAUUCCCAUCUGUCAGCCCUGUGUGGUCCCAGGCAUCCUGCUCUUGUCAUGGGAUCCCAGUGCUUCCCCUGGGCUGGAGAUGCUUGUAUUUGCCUGUUGCCAACCUGCUCAGCACCUGGGGCUGGCAUUUGGGCAGCCCUCUCUUCCAGGACAUCAGCUCCCUCUGACGAUAUGGAAAGGCUCUGCCCUGGCAGUUCAUCACAGUGAAAAAUUGUGCUCACUGUUGAGGGCUGUGACAUGGGUCUGACUCCCCAUAGAACAUGGGGGUAGGUGGGUGCUGGGGUGCUGCCUGGUGCAACAGUGCCAGGGUCAGCUGUGGGAGGAAAUAAAGGGUCAGGGGACCUGCAAAGGGCCUGAGAAGGGCUGAGGAUCAGGACAUCCCUCCCAUGAUUGCCAGCACCCAGGGCCACGUGCUGCUACCUGCGAGGUCCCGCGUGGCUCUCCCAGCUCAGAAGCCCCUGUGCCUUGCUGAACCUUGCAGAGGGUGCAGCCAUGCUCUAGCUCCAUACCCCCUAGUUCCCACCAACACUUCUGGCACCUGAGGCUGGGAGAAGCCAUAGGGUAGGGCACACAUUUGGUUUCCACAUUGGAAAGCCCAGGAGAACAGACAGCAGCUGUUUGGCAAAGUGCUGUAUCUGUGGAAAGGUGUGGGCAGUGUCCCUUGGCUCAGCAUGCCUUCACGUCCUGUGUCGCUGACAUGAGGCAUCAAAGCUGCUCUACACAGCCAUGACACCCUGUGUUCCCCCCCUGACACCUCCAGCUCCCCCAGGACUCCCACCAGACCUUGAGAAUUCGGCCAGCCCUCCCUAAGCAGCCCCAGGGCAAAUUGAUACUGUACAGUGGGCAUGGUGGGUUCUGUGGGAACUGAAGCGAGCAGAGUCUCCUCAGCCCUCACUGCCACUUUCCUCUUUGCACUAAAAGUGUGUCCUUGCAAGCCUGCCUCAGAUAGUGCUGGGUUUGGGGACUGGGUUUGUUACUAGUGGGUUUUGUUUUGUUGGUUUUUAUAAACUAAGAAUAGCAAUAAACUAUAUUUUAAUAUGC